GCUGCAGGGCCCCCUGCUUUAGAGAGGACGGGGGCAGAGUCCGAUAACCGGGGGUGGUAGGGCGUGCGAGGGCGGGAGAUGGAGCCUCGGGUUAGGGUCGUGGCUCGCCGGGCGUGAAUGCAGCGGAGGACUCGGAGCUGGGACGGCAAUGGGGCGUUGAUCCCUCUUACCUGUCUCAGACCCUCAUCCGUCCCAUUGGAGCCAACUUUACCAGAACUUGAUGCCAUGGGAGGCUGUGCGGGCUCGCCGCGGCGCCUUUCGGAUUCCGAGGGGGAGGAGACAGACCCGGCACCUCGGCCUCCGCUGCAAGACAGUCAGGGCGCCCAUUGGAAGAACGCGGUGGGCUUCUGUUAUGAUCUAUUCUCUUUUGUCACUUGUAUCUCAAUAAAACUGGGGGUGGGGGGAAUCUGUCCUGCUCACUCCAGGCUCUUGGGCCUCUGCAACAACUUCUCUUACGUGGUGAUGCUCAGCGCUGCCCACGACAUCCUUAGUCACCAGAGAACAGCUGGGAAUCAGAGCCAUGUGGACCCAGACCCAACGCCCACCUCCCACAAUAGCUCAUCUCGAUUUGACUGCAACCCUGUCUCCACAGCAGCGGUGCUUCUGGCUGACAUCCUUCCCACCCUCAUCAUCAAAUUGCUGGCUCCUCUUGGCCUUCAUCUGCUGCCCUACAGCCCCCGGGUGCUCACCAGUGGGAUCUGUGCUGCAGGAAGCUUCCUCCUAGUUGCCUUUUCUCAUUCGGUGACGAUCAGCCUGUGUGGUGUGGUCUUGGCUAGCAUCUCUUCAGGUCUGGGGGAAGUCACCUUCCUCUCGCUCACUGCCUUCUACCCCAGGGCCGUGAUCUCCUGCUGGUCCUCAGGUACUGGGGGAGCAGGGCUGCUAGGGGCGCUGUCUUACCUGGGCCUCACCCAGGCUGGCCUCUCUCCCCAGCACACCCUGCUGUCCAUGCUGGGCAUCCCCACCCUACUGCUGGCCAGCUAUUUCUUGUUGCUCACAUCUCCUGGGCCUCAGGAUCCCAGAGGGGAAGAGGAUUCAGACACAGCAGCUCGGCAGCCCCUGAUUAACAAUGAGGCCUCAGAGUCGAAGCCGGGCUCUGGCUCACCCCUCUCCCUUCAGGAAAGGUGGACCGUGUUUAAGGGCCUGUUGCACUACAUCAUCCCCUUGGUGCUGGUUUACUUUGCUGAGUAUUUCAUCAACCAGGGACUUUUUGAACUCCUCUUCUUCCGGAACACGUUCCUGACUCAUGCUGAGCAGUACCGCUGGUACCAGAUGCUGUACCAGGCCGGCGUCUUUGCCUCCCGCUCCUCCCUCCGCUGCUGUCCCAUCCGCCACACAUGGGUCCUGGCCUUGCUGCAGUGCCUCAACCUGGCAUUCCUGCUGGUGGACGUGUGGCUGAGCUUCCUGCCGAGCAUCUACCUCAUCUUCCUGAUCAUUGUGUUUGAGGGGCUCCUAGGGGGUGCGGCCUACGUGAACACCUUUCACAACAUUGCCCUAGAGACCAGCGAUGAGCACCGGGAAUUUGCCAUGGCAACUGCCUGUAUCUCCGACACCUUGGGGAUCUCACUUUCAGGGCUCCUGGCCCUGCCUCUGCAUGACUUCCUCUGCCAACUCACCUGACAUUCUGACUCCUCGGGACAUAGGACACGCUGACCAGGGACUCUACUGAUAGGUGGGCAGGUUGGACUGACCCCGUGCCUACCCAGAUCCCAUCUGUGAGAUCUAUCCCCAGCCUUCCCUACAUGGCUGGAGUGUAGAAAAGUGCUGAGGCCCCAUUCCCCUUGGAUGGAGGGGCAGCAGUUUUUCUACCACUACCAAGCUGGUUUCGGGAAAUUUCUUGCCAUUAGGCCCUCGGAAUAAAUGCCUGUUUUAUCAGUUGA